AUGCAGUUCAACGCCCUCUUCCUCAUCGCGCUGGCCAGCUUCGCCACCGCGCUCCCCGAGCCCAUCGCCGUCGACGGUAACACCGCCGACGCCGUCGCGCCCAGGUGGGGCAGCUACCCCUCGUGGGGCGGCAGCAGCGGCGGCAGCACCGGUGGCAGCUGGUGGGGCGGCUCGACUGGCGGCUCGACUGGCGGCUCCUCUGACGCCAGCAGUGGAUCCUCGAGCGGCGGCUCGUCGUCGGCCGCUGCGUGCAACAGCUACACUGUCAUCACCACCCGCGGCACAGGCGAGGCCCAGGGCCCGUCGGCCGGUUUCCGCACCAUGAACUCGCAGCUCACCUCGUCGACCUCCGGCGGCAAGCUGUACAACACCGUCUACCCCGCCGGCUUCAGCCAGAACUCGGCCCAGGGCACCCAGGACAUCGUCAACAAGGUCACCACCACCCUGCGCUCCAACCCCAACGAGUGCUUCAUCCUCCAGGGCUACUCGCAGGGAGGCGCCGCCACCACAAACGCCCUCCCCAAGCUCACCGGAUCGGCCUUCGACGCCGUCAAGGGCGUUUUCAUCAUCGGUAACCCCCUCCACAAGCGUGGCCUUGAUUGCAACGUCGACUCCAACGGCGGCACCACGACUAAGAACGUCCAGGGCAUCUCUGCCGGCCUCGGCAGCGGAAUCCCGCAGAACUGGGUCUCGAAGACGAUGGACGUUUGCGCUUUCGGCGACGGCGUUUGCGACACCACGAACGGUCGCGGCAUCAACGGCCCCCACCUCUCCUACGGCAGCGACAGGAACGUUCAGCAGAUGGGCCUCACCUUCAUGAAGAAGCAGCUUGGCCGCUAA